AGCUGUCCCGGGCAGGGACUCCCAGUUGGUCCCUUCCAAUUCACACCCCUUCUGCUAUCCCCUGAGCCCACCUCUUCUGUUAUUCUCUCUUAAACUUCACUCAGUCAGCGUCCUGUUUGCCUUUGAAGAGGCUCUGUUCUGAUUCCCCCAUCUUUUGACACUUGAGAGAAGAGUGAAGGAAAGUCUUGUAGGUGUACAUUGUGUAGUUCAUAGGGAAAGAGUUGGAGAGAAGAGGCUAAAGGGUGCUUUGCUGCCUUUGCUGCCUUUGCUGCCUUUGCUGCUGUCGAUCAGGACUAGCUGAGUGGAAGAGCCCCUGCUGGAAAGCUCAGCAGCCGGUCUUUUCCUUCCUGCUGGCCUCUCUGUAAUCUGUCCAUGCAGUAAGGGGAGAGAAAAACAGAGCAGGCUAUAGAAGGUUGGCUCAUCAGGACUCACUGUCUUUGGUCUGUGGUAGUUAUUUUUGAAGGGAGUGUUUGGGGAGGUUCAGGGUGUUAAGGCUGCAGGUGGUGCUAGGGAGUUUGUUUGGCCAUGCAGCAAGCUUGGGAUCGGACAAGUAGCACUGACAUUGUCAAGAGAGGCCAUACAAAAAUGCUGGGAAAAGGACAAAGUGGCGGAUACCCCCCCGAGACAACGAGUGAACUCUUGCAGAGCCUCAGUGCGGUGCCAGUGGACAGCGCCGAUAAGAAGAGCCUCCAGAUAGGGGGCCAGCUGCCAGGCGGUGUGCAGGUGGGACCUCAGCAGCAGAACCAGCAGCUCCUCCUGACCCCAGCCAGCCUCCAGCUCGCUCAGCUCCAGGCCCAGCUUACCCUCCAUCGCCUGAAACUGGCUCAGGGGGGCAAUACAGCCACUGCUGCCACUGUCCUCAAUCAGGUUCUUUCCAAUGUCGCCAUGUCCCAACCUCUGUUCAAUCAGCUACGGACUUCAACUAUGGUUGGGAACCCUCAGGGUGCCUUCCCCACGGGGGUGCUAGGUUUUUCCUCCUCCAAUUCAGCCUUGGGGGCCUUGGUGGGUGGUGGAUUCAAUCAAAACCCAGGGAAUGUGAGACUGAACCAUCCUGGUGGAGGGGGAACAGUGGGCCAACAGGGUGCGGAGUAUGGUAAAACCUCAGCAUCAACAUACCCUUGUGAUACUGACAGGCGUGUUCAGUACAACUUAGUUGGGGGGACAUCUGCAGCAUCAGCCACUGCUGGUGAUGGACAGUACACAGUGAUUAACACUCAGGCAAAAAACAUGAACAAUGUUGGUUUUCAGAGAGAUUUCUAUAGACAUGAUAUGCAGGGGCAACAAUCUGGGUUUAGUGUCAAUGAGCAGAACAUGCAUGUUUAUAACUCCACUGGGCAUAAGGAGCAAUGGAAAGGCCCUGCUAACUUGAGCCACACUGGAAAAUUGGAUAUGGUUUCUAACACUGCCAAUGUGUGGACAGCAGCUGGGCAGCAAAUUCGGCCCAGAACGGAACUGUAUAACCCAGAGGAGCCAACCCCUGAUCCCAAGUUUAAUCCCAGAAGCGGGGUUUCCUCUUUUGCUUCCAGUGGCACACAGGGGUUUGGGGGCUACCAGCCCCUGCAUGGAAGUGAGGAAUUGCUAUCCUCAGGUACCAGGACACUUCAGCCUUAUCAAGUCAAUGAUUACCACGCCGUCACACCCAAUCAACUUCCACACCAGUGUAGCAUCUGUGACAAGAAGGUCUACAACCUCAAGGACUGGGACCAGCACGUGAAGGGAAAACUACACCUGCAGAACCGAACCUUGUACACAAAUGAAAGCUCCGCAGUGGUAUCAGCUGGAGCUGUUCACUACCCUGUCGGUAGGUCUUCUGAUGGAGGUCUAAACCCCGGAGGGACAAACUCCAUGGUCUACUCAGCUGCAAGUCAAGAUGUAUCCUCAGGAGCCAAUACAUCAUACUUGCCAGCUGCAGCCAUGAAGACGUAUACCCCGUCAGACACAGGAUUUGCCGCACACCAGCCAGAGUCAAAGGGGCUAGAGCUGACAUUGGAGCCAUUUUCACCCAGAAAGGCCACAGUAGGCCGAGUCAUUCACAUCUGCAACCUCCCUGAAGGCAGCUGCACAGAGAAUGAUGUCAUCAACCUGGGAUUACCCUUUGGCAAAGUCACCAACUACAUCCUCAUGCGCUCUACCCAUCAGGCAUUUCUGGAGAUGGCAUAUGUUGAAGCAGCUCAGGCCAUGGUUCAAUACUACCAACUUACUCCAGCAAUGGUUAACAAUCAGAAACUACUCAUACGAAUGUCUAAGAGGUACAAGGAGCUGCAACUCAAGAAACCAGGUAAAGAUGUUCAAUCGAUCAUCCAGGAUCUCACCUCUCAGAGGGAAAGAGAUGAGAUGCCAGAAGUUGAACACUACAUGCCAGAGAGAGCACGCUCCCGCAGCCCUAUCAGCCGCUCUCUGAGUCCUCAUUCCCACAGCCCCAGUUUUACAUCAUGCAGCUCAGCCCACAGCCCCCAGGGGGCACCAUGCAGGGGUCCGGAGAGAGGCAGCAAUGGCUUGGGCCCCCGCCGGGGCUCUUGGGAUUGGUCAUCACACUUACGCAGGGGUGAGGAUGAAAGGGAGAGGGAUGACCCAUGGAGGAAUGGGGGCAGCGUGGAUGACGAUCGGCCCAAUGGAAGGGCAGCUGACCGUCGGAAGGCUUACCAGAAACCCUUGGAUCAUAUCAGCUCGAGAUCUGCAGAUGAGCGAGGAGGAGGAGGAGGAGGUGAAGGGAUGAGGGGCAACAGAGACUGGCACCCACGAGGCAGCCCUCAAGGCAUGUCCUUCAACUCUUACAGGAAUAUGGAGGACGAUUUCUACAUGAAGGAACAAAUGUACAAGUCAGACAAGCCGCCCAGACCUCCAUACCAAAGGCAUGAUGCAAAGCCAAAGAGGAGGGAUGGUGGUGACUACCACAGUAGAUCGAGGCAUUCAGAGUUUGAGAUAACUGAGGAGCCACUUCGCAGAACACUAGAAGACAAGAGGCAGGGUUCACCAGGCAGGGGCAGGAGCAAAAAGAUAAGCAGGAGGCACACCACUGUGGAAAAACAUGAGAAAGAAAAUGCUACUGAAAAUACCGAUCGCCAGUCAAAAGAAAAAUCUGUUUCACCUCAGCAAAGCAAUAUGCCAAAAGAAGCUACUGAAUGUAGUACAGAAAGAGACACUGUGAAGGAGUGGGGAAGUGGAGAUGACACUGAUGAAGAGUGUUGGUAUCCUAAGAACAUGGAGGAACUGGUCACUGUAGAUGAAGUGGGAGGAGAAGAUGAUUCCAUAAUUGAGCCGGAUCUUCCAGGGCUGGAAGAGUAUGUAUCCUGCCCCAAAGAGUCUGCAGAGGAAAACGCAGCCGAGGAGCAUAUAUUACCACCUACCUCCUCCUCGUCCUUGGAGGUGCAGGAGACGUCCAACGAGACGUCUAACCAGGAAAAGGAUGCUGGAGGCCCGGCAGAAACAUCUGUAGAUGAGAAACCAGGGAAUGUUUUAACUGCAACCAGUACUGAAGACCAGACACUCAGUCCAGAGAUUCCUGAGCUCCCAAUCACUAACCUUAGUGACUUCCCCAGUGAGGAGUUCAAGGCUGCACUGGAGGAGACAUGUUUAAAGGAUAAAGUAACCAAAAGUGGGCCCCCAGAGGAGCCAAUGGAAAAUCACAUGUGUGUAUCAGAGGACAGCAAAACCCUGGAAGUAGGACAGGUUACAGAAACAAUCAGUAAUGGGGUUCAACACAAGGAUGCUGAUAUGCUUAAAAAAGAGAUUGAGGCACCCUCGCCGUCUCGUGAGCAAGACAAAGCUGUCAGUGAACACAGCAUCCCUUUGGGUGUUGAGUUUGUUGUGCCGAGGACCGGCUUCUACUGUAAACUCUGCGGACUGUUCUAUAAUAGUGAGGAGACUGCAAAGACCACUCACUGCCGCAGCACCGUACACUACAGGAACCUACAGCUGAGGCAAGCCGGAGGAGCAGAGAUUUGAACGUUUGAUGGAUUACAUUCCAAGAGGAAAAAAACUGUUUGAAACAAAAUACCUGUCCCAGCUGGCAGAGGAGAGUCUGUCGGGAAUACUUGCUGAACCCUCAGCUGCACACUGACGUCAACUUGACCUCUCACGUCUUGUACAGCAAACAGCAGAGGAAAGAUUCUCGUAUGUGUGCUGUUUGUGCAAGGCUAUGCACAACUACAGCAUAGAUAAUGUGACUCAUGGAAGCUAGAGCAUGUUUGACAAUUGCACUGCUUUUCUUAUUAUGGGAGAAGGGAUGUUUAGAUGUUUAGUCUUGAAUGGCCAUAGAUCUCAUAUCUCAAUUUUGUACAAAGCUGAGGUGUAAUGUAUAUGGAGGCUACAAUAUGUAAUUGCAUCUUUGGAGGGUUAUCAAUUUUCUUACAGUUUGCUUCAUUGGACUGUGUGAUAAAAAAUGUUUUUGUUAUUUAUUUUGGAACGGAAAUGUAUUUGCAAUGAUGAUUAUUACUGAAAAGACACAUUUUUACAGAAUGGGCUUCAUGUUAGUCAAUUUUCUGAGUUUGAAUCAAUUUUAGCAAUGAUACAGUUACAGCUGCAAAAUGACGUGAAAUAUGUGCUAAGGUUUACUCAGUUAAAAAACUGAGUCAGAUUCUCAGGUUUGUUGUAUUUGUUUAAUAGAUUGCAAUGUUUAGCUUAGUACACAACAUUUCAUUUGUAUUUAAUGCACAGUACACACAACAGUAGCUGUCUGUCAGGUAAAUGUAAAUCACUUGGAUUGAUAUUCAUGCAGGAUAUUUAUUUUCUCAAAGUUUUAUAUUGGAUUGAAUUCAUAAGACAAUCCCAGUCAUAUUUGCCGACAUAUGUAAUGCCUUAAAUAUCAAAGACCUUAAACUGGACCAUGUGUUUAAUUUAUCAGAGUUAAACAUGCAAUGUUUCAUGUUUAGUGAAAGUGAUUUGUUCAGAGGGAUUAUCACAUCAGACUCUGUUUUUGUAUACUGUGAAUACUGAUCCUGUGACAUCAAUUAUAGUGUUGUUUUCUUUGACAAACUUUUCAUAUGAUUUUUGAUGCAAAAAAACAUGAAUAAACAUUUUAAACGUG